UCAGUUUCUUUGUCGGUUAGCUGGUUUCUUCGCAACGGUUCCUGGUAUUUGUCAAAACGCAAGAACUUACGCUAAAAACACUAAAACAUAGUUGUACCAAGUUUGCACGUUUCCACUUCCCAGUUCUAAUGGAGUAACUUCCUGCCUUCAAUUCUUCAGUUCUUGCUGUACAAGUCCAACAAAAUCUCUCAAAAUCUUGUGGCUGGCAGCUCAAGAGGUUCCUCUUCCAGGUUUGUAUCUAAAAUGGCGGCAACACUGGCUUCUCACAGCUGCUAUUGCCGCAAGGGGGAAUUGAUUGACUAUGGAAGAAAGGGGGAUGGCCUUAUUGGCCAUAACUCUUCACUGUCAAUUUCCCCUUUAUUUUCUUUGAAAUUGAAGCGACGUUCAUGUAAGCCACCUGAAAGGGUCCAUGGGUUUUUAGUUCGGAUGCAACAGAGAGAGUCCCAUGUGAAAAGAGGUAUGAAUCGUCGUCCGAUUGAAAUGGUACCUACAAGUGAAGUCAUGAAAGAAAGAGGACCGUCAAUAAAUGGAGUUGAAAUAGUUAACGGUACAAAACAAGUUGUUAAUCGGGCAAGCAUAGUUAAGAGAGAUGCGGCUCCAGGUGUUAUGAGAAAAACAAAAUCCAAAGAGCUUCCGCCCGUCGAUGAUCUCAAGGUUUUGCCUUCAGAUGAAGGCUUCAGUUGGGCCAACGAGAAUUAUAAUUCCGUUCAAAGAAGUGUAGAUGUUUGGUCCUUUGUUAUUUCACUACGGGUGCGAGUUUUCUUGGAUAAUGCCAAAUGGACAUAUGUGGGAGGCUUCGCAGAAGAUAAGCAGAAAAACAGAAGACGAAAAACUGCUUCAUGGUUAAGGGAACGUGUGCUGCAACUUGGACCGACCUUUAUUAAACUCGGACAAUUAUCCUCGACUAGGUCUGAUCUAUUUCCACGAGAGUUUGUUGAUGAGCUUGCCAAAUUGCAGGAUAGAGUUCCGGCUUUCUCACCGACCAAAGCAAAAGACUUCAUUAAAAAGGAGUUGGGAGUUCCGGUUGAUCUUUUGUUCAAGGAAUUUGAAGACCGGCCGAUUGCUGCUGCUAGUCUUGGUCAGGUGCACCGUGCUGUCUUGCAUGAUGGAGAAAAAGUCGUCGUGAAAGUUCAGAGACCCGGUUUGAAAAAGCUAUUCGACAUUGAUCUGAGAAAUCUCAAAUUAAUUGCUGAGUACUUUCAGAACAGUGAAACGCUCGGUGGCCCAUCCAGAGACUGGAUAGGAAUUUACGAAGAAUGUUCCAAGAUAUUGUACGAGGAAAUAGAUUAUAUAAACGAAGGGAAGAAUGCUGACAGAUUUCGACGGGACUUUCGAAACAUAAAAUGGGUCCGAGUACCUUUGGUGUACUGGGAUUAUACCGCACCGAAGGUGUUGACACUCGAGUAUGUUCCAGGGGUAAAGAUCAACUCGUUGGAUGCGAUAGAUGCACGCGGUUUUAGCCGAUCUCGGAUAUCAUCUCGAGCGAUUGAAGCCUAUUUAAUUCAGAUACUAAGGACAGGGUUUUUCCAUGCUGAUCCCCACCCGGGAAAUCUCGCUAUAGAUGUCGAUGAAGCUCUAAUCUACUAUGACUUUGGUAUGAUGGGAGAUAUUAAGAACUUUACAAGAGAGAGGCUCCUCGGAAUUUUCUAUGCUGUUUAUGAAAAGGAUGCAAAAAAGGUUAUGCAAGGUCUCAUUGAUCUUGGAGCGCUUCAACCCACCGGAGACAUGUCAUCCGUGAGGAGAUCGGUGCAGUUUUUCUUGGAUAAUUUGUUAGAUCAAAGGCCUGAUCAACAACAGACACUAUCAGCAAUUGGCGAGGAUUUGUUUGCUAUCGCGUUGGAUCAACCAUUCCGGUUCCCAUCCACCUUCACUUUUGUCCUGAGGGCAUUUUCAACCCUUGAAGGCAUUGGCUACAGUCUGGACCCAGAUUUUUCUUUUGCUAAGAUUGCCGCCCCAUAUGCACAGGAGCUCUUAGAUUUAAGACAGAAGCAACGGGGCGGAACACGACUUGUUCAGGAAUUAAGGAAACAAGCCGACGAUGCGAGGUCAUACACCAUAUCGAUGCCUUACAGAGUUCAGAGGAUCGAGGAGUUUGUGAAACAACUUGAAUCUGGAGAUUUGAAGCUCCGAGUUCGAGUCCUCGAGUCCGAAAGAGCGGCUCGCAAGGCAACCAUACUACAAAUGGCAACCAUGUACACGGUUCUUGGCGGCACGCUACUCAACGUCGGCAUAACAUUCAGCAGCCAAGGCAAUCAAAUGUUUGCCAAUGGAACAUUCGUUGGUGCAGGUGUUUUUCUAACUCUGCUCAUUAGGUCCAUGCAGAGGGUGAAGAGACUUGAGAAAUUUGAGAAAAUGAUUUGAUUUUAGAUUUUAUGUGUUUCUUUCCCUCUUUUUCUAAUUGUUUUUACUUCAUUUUUUAUUUAUCUUUCCCACGGCUAAAAGGGUAAAUUUAAUAGGUGGGAUUUUUUUUUUGUUAAAAUGUAAAACUAGUAUAU